GGGCCUUUGCUUGCAAGAUGGUACCAUUUGUUCAAUCCACUGCUAUUGUAACUGAGAUUCUCACGAUGACCUGUAUUGCUAUGGAAAGACACCAGGGAAUUGUGCAUCCACUGAGAAUGAAGUGGCAGUAUACCAAUAAAAGAGCUUUCACAAUGCUUGGCAUGGUCUGGUUGCUGGCAGUUAUUGUUGGGUCACCUAUGUGGCAUGUGCAACGGCUUGAGGUUAAAUACGACUUUUUAUAUGAAAAAGUAUAUGUUUGUUGCUUGGAAGAAUGGGCCAGUCCUAUUUAUCAGAAGAUAUAUACCACCUUCAUUCUUGUUAUACUCUUCCUUCUUCCAUUGAUAUUGAUGCUUUUCCUGUACACUAAAAUCGGUUACGAACUCUGGAUUAAGAAACGAGUGGGAGAUGCUUCCGUUCUUCAAGCUAUGCAUGGGAACGAAAUGUCUAAAAUAUCGAGGAAGAAGAAGCGAGCAAUUGUUAUGAUGGUGACAGUGGUGUUUCUCUUUGCAGUCUGUUGGGCUCCUUUCCACGUGAUUCACAUGAUGAUAGAAUACAGUAACUUUGAAAAGGAGUAUGAUGAUGUGACAGUCAAAAUAAUCUUUGCUGUUGUCCAAAUUAUAGGAUUUUUCAAUUCUAUUUGCAACCCUAUUGUGUAUGCUUUUAUGAAUGAAAACUUCAAGAAAAAUUUUGUGUCUGCCCUCUGCUUUUGUGUUGUCAAAGAAAAUGCAUCACCAGCCAGGCAACUUGGGAACUUGGGGAUUACUAUGAGGCGGCAGAAGGCAAGUGUUUCUCGAAGAGGUCCCAGUGGUUUGGAGGAGGCCAGGAGGGAGGCAUUCAGUGAUGGCAAUAUAGAAGUCAAGUUCUGUGACCAACCGACUUCAAAGAAGAAUUUGAAACAGCAUCUUGCCUUUUUCAGCUCUGACCUUACUGUGCAUUCUGCACUGGGAAAUGGGCAGUAACAUCACAAAGGCUUUUAGACUGGGAAAAGCGUUCCCUUUAUCUGAUAACUUUGAACACACUGUUUGAAAUAUAUUUUUCUACUUUGCAUGCUG